AUGUUUAGCAACUUCCAAAAAAAUAGACUGAAAGCAGAUGCAAUACCAACAAUAUUUGAUAAUUUAACUGAAGAGGUUCCAUUAGUUGAACAAUGUCAAGUUCCAUUAAAUGACACUCUUAUUAGCGAUAACACACCAUCAUGUUCGACAUCUAUUGCUGACUUGUCUACUACUAACAUGUCAGUGACCAUGUCAGAUAAAUCAACAUCGUCUGAAAUUGAAACGAGUAGUUUGGGUGUUCAAACACCCAAAUAUCUUUCAGCAAAUACUCCACGGAAGCUGAAACUUCAUGAAAGACUUGCUGAAGAAAUUCAAUUAAGAAGAGAAGCUGAAGAUAGAGAAAAAGAAUUGUUACAUAAAGUAAAUACUUUAAGUUUACAGUUGGCUGACAAAUAUUCAAUAGAUUAUUGUCUUAAGGUGUGUAAGGACAAUUUAAAGCCUACAUUAUUUAUGUUAGUUAAUUCUCAAAUGAAAAAUUUAAAAAAAAAAAACAAAAGGGUCAAAGGUAUACGAAUGAGAUAGGUUAGGUUAGGUUUAACCUAACUUAAUGGUGCCUCAUAAUAAUUUUUAUAAUUUUAUUUAUGAGUUAGAAAACAUUUUUAUUAAAUUAUUUCCAUUCAUUUCUAUAGAAAA